AUGAAAGGGCGUAAGAAUAUAAUGCCUCGACUUCUUGCGCAGGUUGAGUACAAUCAUAUGGUGAUGGUGACGAGGGAGGAUGCUUACCCUAGGUGGGACAACGACGUGGAGGAUGAUGACGUCGAUAACGUCAUCAAGGCCUUGUAUGGUGAGCUGGGUGGAGUGUGGAGAUGGAAGCCAUCCGACUGGAUCCGCGAAGGAAUAAUGGUUUUGGAUAACGUGAAGGCAGAGAAGGGUUUUCCCAGGAAGAGACUGCUGGAUUCAGAUGACCUGUCCGUGAAGAGACCAUGCCAUGCCUAUGGGAUGGAAGGACAGUCCUCCGACGCUGGUUUGGGGACAAUCCAGUCCGCAUUGCAGGCAAUGUUUGAUCAGUUCACUGUGUAUCAGUCAGGUCAAAUCACCAACCGGUUCGAUAGGCUCGAAUACAAGGUCGAGCUCCUCACCAACCAGGUGACCUCGCUGGAGUCUGCUGUCGAGAAGCUUAGACAGGGCUCAUCGGAAGAUACAGCAGAUAAGGAGCAUGACAAGUCCAACGAGGCUGUUGGAGGAGAAGGAAAGGAAGAAGAGCCGGCCGGUGCUGCAAAGGUUCACGAAGACGCUAAGGUCCCCGAACCUUCUAAGGUUCCCGGAAGCUUCUAA